GUCUUGCCGCAUCUUCCAGCUCUUACUGUUUCUGUUACUAUUCUUUCUGUGUGCUGUAUCAUCUAAGAUCAUUCAGAGGAGAUGUGUGGGGUGCUAGCUGUUAGCAGUGUUGGGUACUGAAAGAGAGAGGCACAGGAGAAGAGAGGAGGAUGCCGGCCCCCCUCAGGAUGAGGAGGGGGGCCUGCAGGUCAGCUAUCCCGUCUCUCUCCACCAUCGCUGAGGAAGAGGAGGGACAGCGGAGCCGCAAGAGACGAGGGAAAGGAGGAGGCUCUGACUACCUUCUUAGAGCAGAUGAGAAGUCGUCAUGGAGUCGACCGGACUCAUCUGCCUCUGGACAGUACACCUACACCAUUCCCAGCCCUACAGAGAUACACAUCGUUACCAGACCAGAGCCUCUCACACUGAAGAUCGAUGAAAGGCAGAGACUCGUCCGUGAACGAAGGGAGGAGCUGGAGAAGCAGAAUGCUGCACGGGGUUCCAAGUGGAUGGAGAGAGAGGAGAGAUCCCGACAGUUUCAUGAGAGACAGCUGGAGGAGCGCAGGAAAAGGCUUGAUGAGCAGCGGGAUAAAGAAGACAGGAGACGCGCUGCUGUGGAGGAGAAACGACGGCAGAAUCUGGAGGAGGAGAAGGCCCGGUAUGAGGCUGUUAUCAGGAGGACCAUGGAGAGGAGUCAGAGAGUCAGGCCGAAGUCCAACCGCUGGAGCUGGGGUGGAACACUCUCUGCUAGCACCUCACACAACAGCGAUACUGACAGAAGGUCAGUCUCCACUAUGAAUCUGUCCAAACCCACAGAUCCAGUCAUUUCCAAACGCCUGUCAUCUUCCUCAGCCGCCUUGCUGAAUUCACCAGAUAGAGCCUUACAGAAGCAGACAUCUCUCUCGUCGUCUUGCUUGAUUAAAAAAACACAAUCUAAAUCCCAAAUCUCCAAAGAGAAGAUCCCUCAGGACAAACCAGCAGGUAUGCGUCGCAUGCCUCUUACCCCGUGGGAGAAUACAAUGAUCAGUCGACUACAGACACCAACACACUCCUACCUGGCCAGGAGUCGCAGCGCCAUGUCUUUGUCUGGAGAAGCAGCCUCCUGUCACCCAAUGAGCUCCAUGUCCUUCAAGUCCAUCCAGUCACGCGGAGCUGAGCGACCAAUCAAAGCAGGCCUUAAUCUUGAGAGACCAGUCAGAGCAGGGUAUAUCCCUCCGGACAGCAGCACCCGCAGAAAGACCACCCAGAAUCUCCCAAUUGACAGGAAGGAUAAGGACAAUGUGAGAAAGUCGUGGAGUAACCUGUCAUAUCCCACUACCAGUCUGAGCCUGUUCACACCCAGGAGAUCUCCUUCACCUGUCGGUUAUCGCAGCAGGGUCACCAAUCCUUCCCCCAACAGAAAGCGUUUAGAGGAGGAGAAAGCUCAGAGGGAGAGAGAGGAAGCUGAACGCCUGCAGAGACAGAGAGAGGAAGCUGAACGCCUGCAGAGACAGAAAGAGGAAGAGGAGGCCCGCCAGAGAGAAAAGGGAGAGCGUUUGCGUCUAGAGCGAGAGAAACACUUCCAGAAAGAGGAGGCUGAGAGAAUGGAGAGGAAGAAGCGCCUUGAGGAAAUUAUGAAACGCACACGCCGAUCUGAUCAGAAAACCACCCCACAGAGUAAUGGCGAUGUCAGCCAGCAGAGCGGACAGAAUUCAGCGAGUUCAAUAUCCAGCAGCCCUUCAGUGAGUGUGUCGGCCCCUCAGGCUCCGGAGACCUCCGAGACAGUACGCAGUGACAGUAAUGGACACACGGGGCCCAGCUUCAUUACACCCAUACUGCCCACAUCAGAUCACAGUGUGACUGCCCAGCUCAGAGAAAAUGGUGCUGUCACAGAGGCCUUCGAGGAGGUCAUAGAGGUUCCCAUGGGGACCAAACUGUCCCGUCAAGAUGGAGACGGAGAGGAGGUGGAAAAUGAAGAGGAGGAGAAGAGAAAGGUUCCCUUAUUGGCUUUCGGAGAGAACGGCAGCAUGCAUAAUGUGAGUGGACUGGAGGAAAACCCGGCACAGUAGAGUUCAGGUCAGUCAGUCCGGACACAACAUGGAUUUGGGGUGACAAGCGAUGGCCCCUUUACCUUAUUUAGAUUUUUUUCCCCCAUUAUAGAUGUAUGAACAUUUAUAAUGAUGCAAAUGCAACCUGCAACACUGGAGUGAAAGAAAACAGAGUCAGAGGGAGACCCCUCACUGUACUUCCCUUCAUCUGACGCUUAGACACCUAAAAUGGCAAGAGAAAUUACGAAAUUAAGAUCUCUUGGCUUCUACUUUCUGUAAUCAGCUCCUGUCUCCUCAAACUGAAGUGGUGCACCUUAGGAACCACAUCUUCUGUCUUUUUGGGGGGGACCACCAUCGUGGUGACUGAAGUCACGUCUAAUACUUGAAGAAAAGUGUCGUCACUGUCGUGAAAGCUCCUGUGAAGUGCUAACCAUAAGGAAUGUGUGACAAGAGAAUGAUGUGUGUUGUGUUUGCUUAGAUUUAUGGCAAAACCUUGUAGUUUUGCUCUCGUUAUGCCGGCAAUUGAGUGGCUGAACUCUUUGCUUAGUUUUAUAAUUAUUGUUCAAACGAAGAGAACAUAUUUUCUUUCCUCUUUGCAAAGCUUGAACAGAUUUUUGCCUCUUGAAUUAUACAUUUUGCUAUGGUUUGCAGAGACCUCAUCUCAUUCCACCCCAAUAUAUGGCUGUCUGCGCAGUCCAAGCGAAGCAAAACU